AUGGCGUCUGUAACGGGCUCGCCCAUCAAGGGAAGAAGCCCUUUUAUUGACCGCUACAUGGCAAGCCUAGGUGACAAUAGCAGCGAGGUGUCUAAUUCUGCAGCUGGUGGCCUUUUCCCAAACGCCUCCGGGAGGAUCUCCCCAGCCAAGUGGAGAUUCUCGAGCCACCAGCACGAUGAUAAAGAGAACUACUCUACCCCAAAAAGCCAAAAAGUGGAAUUUUCAGGAAAGCUUAAUCAGGGCAGCCCCUUACGAACACUUUCUCCGUCAAAACUGAACGGGUCGCCCACGAAAAAUAAAGACAAACAAAGUCAAUCGGUAGACUUCAACAAGUGGUCCGGUCGGGACGCAAAGUAUUACGAAUUUUUAUGUCGCGUGAGAGAGGCGAAAGAAUGGCUCGAAGCUGUGUUAUCCGAAAAACUCCCUUCAGAGCUGGAUCUCGCCAGCGGGGAUAGCUUGCGUAAUGGGGUCUAUUUGGCUCAACUCACGAAAAUCAUUGAUCCUAGCUUGGUCAAAAAAGUCGUUCCAGCUGGAACGACCCUUCAAUUUACUCAUACCCAAAACAUCAACGCUUUUUUCAAGAUCGUGGAGAAAGUCGGAGUUCCUGACCUGUUCCGAUUUGAGCUCACGGAUCUUUAUGAAAAGAAAGACAUCCCUAAGGUUUUUGAGACAUUGCAUGCUCUUAUCAGUGUGAUCAACAACAAAUGGCCAGGAAAAUUGCCUCAAAUCAAAAACCUCAGUGGUACUGCAUCUUUCACUGAAGAGGAGAUAAAGCUGUGUCAGCGCAAAGUUCCGAACGUACACAAUUUUAGGCCCUUUGCGUCUAACGACCUGCAUGAAGACUCUUCUAGCUCCAAGGAUCGUACCGGGCUUGGGAUGCUCUCGACCACUGAUUCAGAAACUCAAGUGGAUAAAAUCCCCAAAUCACCCGCAUUGCCAAGGACGCCAGAAAAAUUACCAGAAGUGACUAACCACCUCGAGUCGCCUAAGUUUUCGGUCACUUCCAGUUAUACCGAGAAGUCACCAGAUUUGAAGUUAAAGGCGGCCAACGUCCUAGCAAACAAUACACCAAUUUUGGAUUUCGACCUAAGCAGCAGCCCUGCCAAAUCGCAUUCCUACUAUUCACCUCGGAUAUACAGGCACCUAUCAUACAGAGCUGACUCGAGAUUAUUUUCUAGUCGCAGGCUUUCGGACCAUUCGUUCGGCUUUGAUCAGUAUGAUGUUUUGAAAUACAAGACUCCAGAGUAUUCUCCAGUACGCAGAAAGCGCAUGACUGAGAUCGAAUUUUUGGAUUCCAUCAGCUACCUUCAGGCGGUAUGCCGCGGUGUUAAUACCAGGUUUGAAGUCACAAUCUUGAAUCGCAAAGUCGACAUCGUUAUUGGGAAUAUUGCGCUUCUGCAGGCGCGUUGUAGAGCACUUUUAAAAAGGCGACAGUUGGAAAAAAAACGGAGCACAGACAUCCUAUUGAUGCAAACUACCGGACUCGACCAAUUUCAGUCCUUGGUCAAAGCAGACGCUGUGCGCAAAGAGGUCUUCUCACUUCGCCUAAAAUUACUAACCCUUGAGCAGCGAAUUUCGCAGUUUCAGAACAUCUGCUACUCUAACCUUCUAAGAAGGCGCUGUGCAAGUGCGCUUGCCAGAGACGAAGCGGUAAAUCCCACUUUGGCCUUGCUUCAGGCUAUAAUCAAGGGUGGUGUGCAACGUCAUAUGUACAAGGCGCAGCUUGAUAACCUGGCGAAGCAUGUUCCUCACAUAAUAGGGUUACAGAGCCUCUUGCGCUCCCAGAAUCUGCGGAAAAUGAAAAAGUCGAUUUACUUCUCUUUAAGUGACCAAUCCACAAGUCUUAGCACCGCUCAAGCCAUCUCAAAAGGCGUACUUAUACGUCGGUCACUAAAAAAAGUGCACUGUGAGCUUGAAUGCCAGAAUGAUACGAUUGCUUAUAUUGCAGCCCUGAUGAGAGGAUCAUUUCAACGAUCAGGUAUUAAAUCUCUCGCAACGGCAGUACGCGAUAGCAAAGAUCCAGUUGUAUCUCUGCAGGGUCUUGCCAAAGGAGUUUUGGUACGUUUUACACUGGAGCUAAUCGCAGACAUUGUUGAAGACAACAACCUUGUCCUGGUGCAGUCAUUGGCACGGAGCAGCCUCGUUAGAAAUUCCAACAGAGCGCGAAGAAUAUAUUAUGAACAGUCCAUAUCUGAAGUGAUUAAAAUCCAAUCAGAAAUCAGAAGAUAUCAAUUGAGAAAGGCAUAUUUAGAAUUUAUGUCCGCCGCUAAUCCGAGCUUAUGGGCUGUACGGAAAUUUGUUUCCUUAUUGAACACCAUACAUGCAAACGACGAAUCUCGGAGCAAACUUGAAUCAGUAAAGUCUCAAAUAGAUCAAGCGAAUAAAAAUCGUGACAAAAUACAGGAGCAACUGGAGCUUCUUGGGAGAAAAACCAACUUUUUGACUAACUACAACAUCUUUGUGAAUACAAGCAACUCUUUCGACCCGCAUCCUCUAGCUGGAAUGACUUCCUUUCCAGGCUAUGAAAAGCUGUUUUACCUGUUGCAAACCGACUCGUUUUACUGGAAAACCCUUUAUCGUCUUGAUCCGGGAUUUGUUGUCAAGCAUCUUCCCAAAACCUUUGUUUCUGCAAAUGGUUCCAUGGAGCCAAGGGAGAAUGCAUUCUUUGUGAGACUCACUGCGAACUUUCUGGCUUCCAGUAUUGAAGGUUUCAAAGACGUUCAUCAAUUUUUAGACGAUGGUAGCCAAUCAUUCUGGAAAUUUUUGGUGUGCUUCUAUGUCCAUCGUCAAAUUCCUGAUUUGCUUGUUGAGUUGUUUUCUCCCUUGCUCAAUUAUGUUUCGUCUCACACUGUCGACUUUGAGUCUGUUCCAGCGCUGAUAUACAAGAAACUAAAUCCUUAUGAUGUGGAACGUUCCUCCAACGAGGCAAUUGAAGACGAAGUCACGAAGGAGCACUUCAUCGAUAACCUGACCAGUUUAUGGAAAGCUACUGAAAUGGUCAGCGAGGCCCUUUUGAAAAAUGUACACCGUAUCCCAAAUGACGUGAAGUUCCUAUGUACUACUGCUUACAGAGCAGUUGCAGACCGGAGCCCCUAUGAAUGCGAUGCGUUAGUGGCUAUAUCAAAAAUACUUGUGGAAUUGGUGCUCUUUCCCUUUUUGCAAUCUCCCUCCAAAUUUGGGCUUCCAUCUGUGACCAACGAAGUGGAAAGAAAAAUAUCUGUUCUUCUCGAUGUAGUUGCCACAGUGUUCUCAUUCUCAAAAUUUGAAGGCUACCUCGCUCCUUUGAACCAAUAUGUGGAGGAAAUUAAUGACGAUCUGGCCUUUUCAUUGAAGAAAAUGCUAAUUACUCCUUCAUUCGAGGCUCAUUGUGAUGAGCUUAUAUAUAUUGACAUGCGUCAAGAUAGCCGCUCAACACUCAGCAUCUCGAAACCUUACUUACUCGAAAUUGUCGCCAAACUGGAUCACCACAAUGAUGCUUUUCCUCACGAUGACCCGAUGGCUAGUUUGUUGAGGAACGUAAAAAGUGAAACUGAACUCUUAAGGUUAACUUCUGUCGCAGUUGUGGAGCUAAAGUUGAAUCCAAGCGCCUAUCACUUGUCGUCUAGUGACGACAGGCUGACCGCCAUCUAUAACGAAAUCAAACGCGGACUUGUCUACAUGAUGCAAGUAGAAGAGGUAGAUACAAACCUCUACGAUUUAAUGACUUCCUCGAUCAUCCAAGAGGACGAGCCCGUUUUUAAGCAGCUCGUCAGCGGUACGGCAGCUAUCAAAUCUGACCCCCUGCUAAAAAAUCUCAAACCUAUGAGUUAUUUUAGCUUGAAGCAACAUAUUCUGGAGCGCGCCUAUGAGCUCAAGCAGAUGGAUGGCUUAGGAGUUGAAGAUAACCUUCAAAGCCUCUUGAAUGACAUCGCGAAUACAAUCAAGUCUCGAGAAUACGUGGUAGAAUCUACUGAGAGGGAGAUACGGACAGCCGAAAGAACUUUACAAGAAAUAAAAAGGACAAACUCGCAUUUGCAGAAGAAAUCUCAAGAAUUGGAUAUCUCACAAAAGCGCGCGCUAAAGAAAAUACAGGCCUCAAACUCCUAUGUUCCUAUAAAAAAACAUGGUAUCAGUCGUAAAUUGAAAGAUGUGUACAAUAAGGUCAAUCAGAAGGGCACUGACGGGAAGAAUUGUCUGACUCUCGAAUGGACAACCCGUCGCUUGUGUGAAAUGGGUGCUUUGUUGAAACUGGAGGGCGAAAACCUUGGGCAAGCUGAUGUUACCUUUUUUGGAUCGAGCGGACCUAAAUUUCCUGACGUUAACUUCAAAAUUGCAACUUCCGAUGGAGAGUGUUUUGCAAUUGAACUCAUUGAUGCGAGAAAACAUGGCCUUGGAAAGGGCAUGACAGCUAGUGAUAACCUUAAAUUCUCGACCAUGUUGGACAUGCUAGCUAAAGAUGAAGCAACCAGAUUAAAAUUAUUCGAUAAUUCUGUGGAAUUCGAUUUGACUCGACUUUUGGAAAUUAUCGCGACUUCCUUUAUUAGAAGGCCCCUCGCUACUGAACUCUAA